GCCUCAAAUUUUUUUCAAUAUUUUUUUUUUUUGCCUAGUUAAGCCAAUCACCUGGAACCCCUUGCUCGACCAUCUUCGUCCAUCAAACUUUCCUGAUGGAUAAGCAAGAUAGUCACCAUAACCAAGCCCUCUUGCCAAACCAGUGUGGCUCAAGCCAUAGCCAAACCAUAGACGCACCACUCCCCUUAGUUUGGUCCAUAAUCCGCCAAUUCGACAACCCUCAAGCCCACAAGCAGUUCAUCAAGAGCUGCACCAUGCGCGCCGGCGACGGCGGCACCGCCGGGAGCAUACGUGAGGUUAUAGUCAGCUCCGGCUUGCCGGGGAGUAGCAGCAUGGAGAGGCUUGACAAGCUCGACGACGACAAGCAUGUCAUGAAUUUCAGCAUUGUUGGUGGUGACCACAAGCUUGCAAACUAUAGUUCCAUCACCACACUGCAUAAAGAGGACGAGGAAGAAGAAAAGGGUGGAUCGGAAAAGACGGUGGUGACUCAGUCGUAUGUGGUGGAUGUUCCGGCCGGAAGUAGCAAGGAGGAUACUUGUUUGUUUGCUGAUACUAUUGUUGGAUGUAACCUGAGAUCAUUGGCUAAAGUCACAGAAAAGAUGGCUGGUAACUAAUUUACUACCUUUCUAGGCCUAAGGAUUUAUUGAGAUUUCAGAGGAUUCUUACCUACUCAAUCCGCUUUGUGAUUGUUCAUGUUGUUUGAUCUUAUGCUGCUGUUUGUUGACUUCUUGCCAAUAAAUGUGUGAUAUUCCAGUAGUGUAUGCUAAUAAACUUCAUGUAGUCCAUUUCGGAUUCUAAUGCUAUUGACAAUCCUUCAUUUGUAAUCCAAGUUUGUUAAUUUAUC